GAACAUUUAGUGUUUUGGCCAACCCUUUUGCUAAAAUCAUUUAUGUCAGCGAGCAGUGUUUUCAGUUCAAUCGUGUCAGUCGAUUUUCGGUUACAUGACCGUCUUGUUCAGUUCAUUUUUACAAAACUUAAUCUAACACGAUGCCAGCACAUAACAAACAGCAAAAAAUGCAGUCAGACAUCGUCAAGCAUCCAUUGCAUGAUCGAUGGACGAUGUGGUAUUUGAAACAAGAUCAAAAGAAAAAGUGGGAAGAAAUGCUGUCGAAAGUCGAAACAUUUGAUAUGGUCGAAGAUUUCUGGAGCAUUUACAACCACAUUCGCCAACCGUCCGAACUGAGUCAGGGUGACGAUUAUUCGAUGUUUAAAAAUGAUAUCAGACCGAUGUGGGAGGACGCUGCUAACAAAAAUGGCGGCCGUUGGCUACUAAAUGUAGAUAAACAAUAUCGACGAACGAAGUUGGACGAUUUCUGGUUGGAUACUCUCUUGUGCAUCAUGGGUGAACCAUUCGAAUUUCAUGAGGACAUAAACGGAGCAGUCGUGAAUGUUCGGUUCGGUGGUGACAGAAUCUCGAUUUGGACGAGUGAUGCAAAGAAGAAAAAAUCGGUUAUGGCGAUCGGACGGAAGCUGAAGGAGUACCUACGGCUGGACUCUCAUUUCAAACUAUAUUACGAGGUCCAUUCGGCCAGCAAAAAUACAACACCGUUGUAUACGAUCUGAAUAACGUGGCCCGGUAGGAACAACAUUCAACACUUCAGGUAUAUCAGCUGUUGGUAACGAAAUUUUUUAAAAUAAAUCGUUUGUGCUGUUAGUCCAGAC